AUCCCCCGCGCGGGCAGGCUGGGCCGGGGCCUGCUUCGCCGCCAUGGCGUUCACGUUCGCCGCCUUCUGCUACAUGCUGGCCCUCCUGCUGACCGCCGCCCUCAUCUUCUUCGCCAUCUGGCACAUUAUAGCUUUCGAUGAGCUGAAGACUGACUACAAGAAUCCAAUAGACCAGUGUAAUACACUUAACCCUCUUGUACUUCCGGAGUACCUUAUCCAUGCAUUCUUCUGUGUUAUGUUUCUGUGUGCAACAGAGUGGCUCACGCUGGGACUCAAUAUGCCAUUAUUGGCUUACCACAUUUGGAGGUAUAUGAGUAGGCCUGUAAUGAGUGGACCAGGACUCUAUGACCCAACGACCAUAAUGAACGCGGACAUUUUAGCAUAUUGCCAGAAGGAGGGAUGGUGCAAACUAGCGUUUUACCUUCUAUCCUUUUUUUACUACCUAUAUGGCAUGAUUUAUGUGUUGGUGAGCUCUUAAAUGGCGAUGUCUGGCGGAUUUGGUUCCAGCAACAUGCAUGCAGAAAAGCCACGAAACAAAGGAUUAUUGUCGAAGAGUCUGGUAUCAAGAUUUAGCUAUGGGAUCUGGCGAUCACAGUUUCAGUAGGGGGGAAAUGACAUCCACUCUUCUUUCCCCCAUCCCAAAAUAUGUCUAUACUCAUGGAAAGACUUUUAAACAAUUACUGGAGCGUAUAAAGUAACAAGUAUUACACUAUAAAUUAAUGUAAAGCAGUUGGUUUUGGACAGUUUUGGCCCUGCACUCCAUAAGGAACAGCCAUACCUUCGAUUAUAAUUGUGUUAAUUGCUGUCCCUUAGUAUAAUAGAGGGUUUUGUUUUGUUUUGUUUACUGGACUUUAUAGUGGCUCAGUUGGGUUACAGACUUCCAUCUAGCUGUCAGCUGCGAGUACAAAGUGCUUCUAAAGGACCGAACCCUUUUCUGUGUGUUAUAUCUUAGGUAACCUUUAUGUGUCUUAUAGAUGAAUACAUGAGUACAAUCACAGGAAUAAUUGUAGUUCUAUUUUUUACUAUUUGGAUAUUCUGUCCCUGUAAUGUGCAUGGCUCAAACCUUCCAUAUUUACAGCAAGCAAUGAAGUCAGUAGCCCAUGUUUUAAUUUUCCAGGCUACGUGGAUAUUUUGAGGAAACAGAGUUGUUGGGGAAAGGGUACGUUUUAAUUCUUUUUAAAAAAAGAUAACAUCUUGUGCAACCAUCUCAAAGUACCAUACAUCCUGAAUCAAACAUGGCAACAAAAGAUAGAACUGCAUAGAGAGGCACAUAAGCAACAAGGUUGGGUAAAUAGCUUUGCUGUUCCUUAGUGCAAUACAAUAAAAAUGUCAAAGACAGA